CGACUACAUUAGCACCAAAGAAGAAGUCUUAGUUUAAAGAUGGCGCCACCCGGCGUUCUGCUCGUGGGUAUGAGAGCGUUGUGCAAUUUAGGCAAAUGUCUUCAGACGGGAGUCCCCGCAGCGUCACACUUGUGCGAAGGGAUGCGCUGGCGUGGGAUGAAAGUUGUCAACUUUCGACCGUACAGCACGUCGCCUUUCCAGCCUAAACGAGGAAACAUUAACUCAGACUUGCUGGAAGAGUUCCCAGACCCCAAAUGUCUCCUGAACAGCACCAUCGGUCGUUCACUGGGAGUCAGCGACCUGUCCGAUAUCAUCCAGUACACCUGCACCGAGGAAGCGGGCCUCAAGAAAGCCACCGUGACCAUAUUGUGGCCCUGCAAGAUCGAGGAGGAUGGAUACGCCUCCAAGAAAGUCGACGCAGAGCGAAGUGCCGCAGCUGCCGCUUGCCACAAGCUCAAAGAAAUGGGUGUGAUUGGGCCAGACAAUCAGGUACCCAGGAAGAAAUUUGGUCGGGGGAGAGGAGGCGUGCGUUCAGUCCUGUACGAUGACGAAAACUCCCUGGAUGCCCAAAUCAAACCGGGGUCACCGCCGGCUGAAAAUGCGUCCAACAUAUCUGAAGCGCUCUCGCUCUUUCCUCAUCCCAAAGCUCUCUUGAACAAGGUGGUCCAGGUGGCCACGUCAUCCAACAGUUGCAAAGAGCUGAUAAGAUUUAAGACAAGUGGGGGCAACGUCAAGAAUUGCGAGCUGACCCUGCGCUGGCCGCAGGAAAUGACCUUCACGGCGACGGCGAAGAACAAAGUCAACGCGGAAAAGCGGGCUGCGGCUCUCGCCUGCUUGAAACUGAAGGAGCUUCAGUUGCUGGAUAAGAACAACAACCCACUGACCCACGCCAAGUACCACGGGGACAAGGUGAGGGAGGCGGGAGAACGCGAGCGGCGUCCCCUCCGGGUGGAAGUUCCAGUGUAUCUGGAAGAUCGUAUGAGGGAAUAUCUUGCAAAGUAUCCGUUGGAAGCAGAAGUGCAGAAGCUCUACGAGGAAGAGGACGAUGCUGUCCACGAGGAAGGAGCAGAAGAGGAAGAAUUGACACUGGACGCCAUCACGGGCAGACCGUACAGUUCCCGGUCUCCGCAGGAAACGCGGCGCCUCAAUGAGCGCCUGCGAGAUCAGUGGGAAAGCGCCAGGCCGGGCCUGAACACGGAGCUCCCGGUGGACGCCCACCGGGAACACGUGGUCUCGGCCGUGCGCGCCUCCCGGGCGGUCGUGAUCGCGGGAGAGACCGGAUGCGGCAAAACCACUCGUGUGCCUCGUUUCCUUCUGGAGGAUCGCGUCACUGCGGGACACGGCGCAGACUGCAACAUUCUGGUGACGCAACCUCGACGGAUCAGCGCCGUGUCUGUGGCGCAUCGCGUGGCCCAGGAAAUGGGCCCUGCUCUCAAACAUUCGGUGGGAUACCAGGUGAGACUCGAGAGCAGAGCACCGGAGCAGAGCGCCGGUGCUCUGCUCUUCCUGACGGUGGGCGUCCUGCUGAGGAAGCUGCAGUCCAACCCGACCCUGAGGGGCAUCAGCCACGUGGUGGUGGACGAGGUUCACGAGCGCGACGUCAACACGGACCUCCUACUGGCGCUGCUGCGCUCGUGCAUGAGCAGCAACCCCGACCUGCGCGUGGUGUUGAUGAGCGCCACCGGAGACAACCAGCGGCUGGCGCGCUAUUUUGGAGGAUGCCCCGUCGUCAAGGUGCCAGGGUUCAUGCACCCCGUGCGGGACAGGUACCUGGAGGACGUGCUGAGGGAGAUGGGCCGGCCGUUGCCUGUUGAAAGGAGCGUGGAGUACACCAGUGAGAGCCAAAGUGAUGAAGUCGGUCCAGAUGUUGAGCUCGUCGCUGACGUCAUUGCGCAUAUCGACAGAUGCGGAGAACCAGGUGCCUUAUUGUGUUUUCUGCCUGGAUGGCAGGACAUAAAGAAGGUUCAAGAGAUGCUCCAGAUGAAGCGGGAUUUUUCUUCUCGCUCGCACAUGAUCCUACCAUUGCACUCAAGUCUGUCCGUGGCAGACCAGCAGGCGGUCUUCCAGCGCCCUCCAGAUGGCCAGCGGAAAAUCGUCUUAGCCACCAACAUCGCGGAGACUUCCAUCACCAUCGAUGACGUCGUUCACGUAGUGGACGCGGGAACACACAAGGAGCAUAGUUACGACGCUCUCACUAAAGUGUCUUGUCUGGACACGGUGUGGAUAUCCCGAUCCAACGUGACUCAGCGAAAAGGGCGAGCGGGGCGCUGUCGGCCGGGUCAGUCCUACCAUCUGUUCCCGCGCAAGCAACUGGACGCCAUGACGCCCUUCCCCAUCCCUGAGAUCCUGCGCACCCCCCUUGAGAGCCUCGUGGUACAGGCCAAAAUCCACAGUCCAAAACUAAAGGCGGUUGAGUUUUUAUCACAAGCGUUGGACAGCCCCGAACAGGCAGCUGUGUCGGACGCCGUCCAAAAUCUCCAAGACAUCGGCGUCCUGGACCAGUCGGAGACGCUGACGCUUUUGGGAGAGCGCGUGGCCUCGCUGUCGUGUGACCCGCGUCUGGGCAAAGUUCUGGUGCUGGGCGCCAUGUUCCGGUGCACGCUGCCCAUGUUGUCCGUCGCCGCCUCCCUCACCCGAGACCCUUUCCGCAACAGCCUUCAGAACCGCGCGCUGGUCUCCAAGGCCAAAGCGAGUCUGAGCGGUCCCAGCUGCAGCGACUACCUGGCGUUCAGUCGCGCCGUGCUGGGCUGGAGGAGGCUUCAGCAGCAAGGAGACCGCCGGGACCAAGACCUCUACUUGGAGGAGCACAGCUUGUCCAAGGCCAGCCUGCGCUUCAUCAAUGGUCUCAUCAGUCAGUUCAGCGAGAACCUGCGCGAAGCUCAGCUGGUGGCUCGAGCCAGCGACUGCCAACGUCCGUCAUCGCUCGUCAACCAGCACAGCGAGCAGGAGGAGCUGCUCAAGGCCGUGCUGCUGGCGGGUCUCUAUCCGAACCUCAUCCAGGUGAAGCGAGGCAUCGUGACCAAAGGGGGGCGCUUUCGUCCCAAGCAGCUGUCAUUCCGGACCCUGGGCGGCGGCGUCCUGCUUCACCGCUCCUCCGUCAACAGAGGAAACGAAGAGCUCCCUUGCCGAUGGCUCACCUUCUUCGGCGCCGUCAAAUCCAACGGCUGCGUCUUCAUCCGCGACUCGUCGGCGGUCCACCCGCUCGCCUUGCUCCUGCUCACGGACUGCGACGUCACCGAAACGGUAAGCGGCGACGACGUGGAGGUGGCGCUGGCGGGCCGCUCGCUGGCACGCUGCCGACUCCCCGCAGACACGUGGGAGCUUCUGUGGGAACUGCGGACGUCCGUCCAGGCCAUGAUGCGCCGCAAACUCGGUCGCCCCGCCGGCGCCGGCGUGCGCUCGGGCCAGGACGGCGAACUCAUAUCGCUGCUCGUGGAGCUCCUCAACAACACAGACGCCAACCCGUGGACUCGAAAUGAAAGCGAGGUGGACUGAUCAUGAUGAACACACACACACACACACACAUGCUGCAGUUGUUUAUUUGCUCAUUUUAAUUUAUUGCAAGUACCUCUUGUUGGUCCGGUACCUGAUGUAAAAUUAAUGUUGACGAAAUACAUUUCUUUGGAAUGUGGAAACUCAUGUAAAUUAUAUCAGAAAUACAGUUGAAUGCCCCAAAAGUCGUACGAUUUUGGAGUUCAACCAGAAUACAAUUUCAAGCCAUCA